AUGGUUGGAGCAAAGAGCGAUCCCCUUGAAAGCAAUGGUUUAUUUGCUGGUCUUAAGGUUCUCAACCAACUGCCCAUAAAAUUAAGAGAAAGCGAUGCUGUCUCAACUGAGGUAAAGCUUCAGCCAACGAUCCCCAUUCUUUGUUCUGAUCUCCAAAGCGAAUGCAGUGAAACUGUCCUGCCUAUUGAGAUACGAAUCCCAUACGUUUCUAAACAGCAACUGUGUAAUAGCGGGAAAAGACUGGAAUUCGUUGCAGAAUUAGACAGGACACCAUGCAGACUAGAGAUAAAUGUAGCGAAUUGGAAUAAGACCCAUUCCUUUAAGAUAGCCCCGGUUAUCGAUGGAGUAUAUGACGGAGAUACUUAUACCAGAGUCAGUUUACAAACUGGUGAAUUCAUUACUCAUCCUGCAUGGAGCGACUACAUCCUGCCGGAUAUACCGGUCCUGGUGAUGGACACAGAUGUCAGCGUGGAGGGCAAAAUAUGCAUGUCCAAUAAUGAUCCUCAUAUGAGGACGUUUGAUGGGAACCCCUACGAAUGCCAGUUCGGCGGAGAAUUUGUUCUGUACAAACAUACCAAAUUACCAAUUCAGGUGCAUGUCUUUUUCAAGACGUGUAAUCGGGGUUUGGCAUACUGUAACUGUGCCGUGAGUGUUAUGUCCGGGGGGGACGUCUUUAUAGUGGACACAUGCAAGCCUGGUUCAGGAGUGGAUCAAAUCACUGCCAAGAGACCAAUGCGGGCUGGACUACUCGGCUGUGAGGAAGGACAGUUAAGAGUAGAAUCUCAAAAUGGCGGCAAACACUUUAAGAUUCGACCAGGAGCAAAGGAUUUUAACAACACUGUCGGACUGUGUGGAACGCUCAACAAUGACCGAUAUGACGAUUUCCUGACUAGAUACGGACAGAUUGAUCGGGUUACCAGAUAUCCAAGAAGAUUUGUACUAUCAUGGAGGGUACAGCCGCGAGAUUCAAUUUAUAACGGGCCUCCACCUUCCCAGUCGAACGCACCAAACCAGUCACCACGGUCCAACUAUUGCCGGUGUGCGAAAGAGAGCAAUGACGCCAAUUCGGUCGAGCAGUGUGGUUACGAGGAGAAUAUUGCCAAGUGUCCAGGGGAUGGGAGCUUUUCCUCUGGCGAGCAACAAAAAUGUAGACGCCGUAGAGCCGCAGAUAAGCACGAUCAAGGUCAUGACGAUGUUCUGGAAACUCGAGUAUUCGAAUUCGACAUUGAUCAUAGAGUGCCGGAACCAUCGUGGAAGAACAAUUGGACAAAUAAUACUGCACGUGAAUUCUGUGAAGAGUUUGUGGCGAAUACUAGCACGGGCAAAUCGUGCGAGUCGGUUGCAGGUGCCGAUUUCACAAAUUCCAUUAAAGGAUGUGUAGAAGAUAUAUACCUAACUGGUAGCACAGAAUGGGCGCCUGCUGCUCUUCAGGCCGUCAAGAGUUCGUGUCUCGGAGAACUAGAAAAAAACACAACAUUUUGGGUGACUAACAACGAGACUGGCGAAGUUUCCCUUCCCGAAGAAAUGGAGGCUGUGAUGUGUCCAAAUGAAUGCAGUGGACAUGGCCAGUGCAGCAACGGCACUUGUAACUGCGAAGAAACGUUCGCUGGCGAAGACUGUUCCGUGGAUAUAUACGCCGCACCGAUCAUUUAUUAUCUCCCGGGCGACGGUCUGUGUAAAACUAGGUCAAGACCAUGUGCAAGGUCACCCGUCUACGGUGGCACCUUUCUCGACAAUAAAAACUUAACAUGUAAAGUGGAAAUUCAGGAGAUUCAGGUCAUGGUAGAAGCUCAGCAAGCCGCCAGGAAAACGGAGAUAGUUAUACCAGCAGAAUUUGUUCACUUCGAGGAAGUUUUGUGUCUUCUACCCAACCUCAGACGCCAAAAGCGCAGUAACCAGUGUACCCUUCCUCCUAUGUACCGUUAUGGCAUUAGCGUCAGCAAUAACAACGCAACAUUUAGCAAUGCUACAUACCUGAUGAAGUAUGAUGACAAGUGUCUCCUUUGUAAUAGUAAUGACGCAAAAAACUGUAAGCUGAAGACCGAUAUCUGCACCAUAGAUUGUGGUUGUUACGCCGACGGAGAGGAAAAUGUCGCUGAUAAAUGUAGCAUCUGUAACAUCACCUACAGCAACUCCACUUGGUACCGUCGAAUUGGUUUCUGUCUUAUUAAUGGCAAGUGCUACACUCAAUGCCAGCUUGGUCCCAGUGGCAAAGUGUGUUAUCCAAAUACCAGUGUGCACGAUUGGACUGCACCUGAAGAUUGUGCUCAUGACAUCAGUGAUGAUUCUAAUGUCCACAGGAUUGAAUCUGAUGACUACAACGGUUGUUGUAAGCAAGCAGGCGUCGAGCAUUUCUCCUGCUUCGAUUGCAACCAACAUUCCACGUCCAGUUAUAAGGCCCACUUCCUCCAGGCACGGUGA